AUGGGAGCCUCUGAGAGCACCGACAGCCUGCGCGCCGACGUGGAGGCGCGAGAGCUUCGCGAGUUGAAAGACCAGAAUCUCCAAGAUGGAGAGUUUCCCUGGUUUUUCAUCAUUCAGUGGGCGUGCGAGAAGAUCCCCUCCGACGCCGUCUUCAAGUGGAGUCUCCCCGACAUCAAAGCCGAUGUCGCAGACCUGACUGCGGACCCGAGUACGUUCCUUGCCAGCUGCCCGCCAGAUGAGGCGUUUCGUAAGAGCGGCGAGUUCUCAUUCGGCGAUAACAGCGUCUUUCUUGAAUGGGCAUGUCUCCUCCUGGAGGUGCUGCCCUCUCUGGGCCCGGUGCGCUACAAGCUCGUGCCUGCGAAACUUUCUGAGGAGGAAUUCUGGUGUCGCUACUUCUCUGCAGUGCGGCGGCAGAUUCAGCAACACGUGCUGGCCGCGGCUGAAGAAGACGCUUGUCCGCGUCCUUCUCAGUCCGAGUCUCCUUUCUGUUAUCCUCCUGCUGGAGCCUCUUCGAGUCGGCGAGCGGGCAACGUCCCCCCGACAACGCUGCCGCCUCGCCUCGAGUCGGGGGAGGGCCCUGUGGGCCUGCUGUCUGGAGGCGAAGACUCGAGCGAGGCCGACAGCGCGCAAUCCGCUCCGCAGGCCUCCUGGAUUCCCCCCCCAACGAAUGGAGACCGCCCUCAGGCGCACGGAAGUGAGAGGGCGAUGAAUAUGCACCAGGAGGCCGUCGUGCGACACACUUGCGCCGCAGACGCACUAGGCAUCGCGCCGGCGUCCGCCGCAGCUGAAUGGCGGGAGCGCGGAAGAGAGCAAGAAGAGGUCGGCUACGGACAGCCGCCGUCGCCUCAGAGGAGCGCAUUCGGCAGCGAGCCGCGGCCGCGCCACGCGACAGACAGCGCCGGGACCCUGAAGCUACAAGGCGGACCUCCGAUUCAGCUUCGGGAGACGAUUGCCGAAGAUCCUCGUUUCCCCACUUUGAUCGGCGCACCCACAGACGCUGCGGCCUCGAGUGUACGUACACAUCACUAUGUGAUGCAUAACGGAGUUGUGGCACCUGGUGUACGUACACCCCAGUGA